CACCCCUAUUACCUCAAACCAAACGCUCACAAGUUGCUCUCACAGGUAAUCCGCCGCGGUAUUUCUAUCGUAGCAUAGGGUUUGUAGCAGCUGCGCGGCCCUCCGACGAUCGCGUAAUGGCGUGGGGGCGACGAAACCGUGGGACUGGAUGUAGCCUCCGCCGGCCUACAUGUCACCGAGCGCAUCGGCAGGGACGUCUCCGGCCGCCUCGACCUCGAGGAGGCUAUCGAAACCUCGCUCUAUGCUAGCCUCCCCCUACUCCAUGCACCCUCCCCAAAGAGGAACUCCUGUUCUUAUAGGAGAAAAGGAAAUUUUGGAGAAGUAUAUUUAGGUUGCUUCUGUAAGAAAGGUAUACACUUGGUUAGUGCUUUUUUACUUUCCAGAUUUCCAAUCAUGGACUUCACUUCUGUCGAGUUGCAGUUUGUAGAUUCACUGAUAUUACUACUAUGACAAUCCAGGUAAGACUAACACAAGAGGAAUCACUUUGCUACUGUUAAUAACAAUUAGAUUUUUUUACUAUCCACACCUAGGCCGUUCUCAUUGGUACACAACUGGAGAAGACCCGGAUGGCAUUGAAACUGAUGUUUUUGAUGAUUGGCCUUUUUUUUAAUCUGUCAUUCGGCUAAGAAGGAAAGGAGUACUAUCUUGAAAUGUUAGUUUUCCUAUAAAAUAAGUGCUCUUGCAUUAAUGAAAAAGAAACUCUUGAUCCAAAAGUAUUUGUUGUAUGCAUAAAAUCCUAUUUACAAAUGAUUUAAACUGACUUUUGGUUAAUUUAGUGAUCUUGGGCCGAUGCUGGUUGUUUAAUUUUUCCAAUUAGAUAAACUAGGAGGAAGAUACUUGAAUGGAAAAUGGCAAUGAGUUAUUCUGAUCUCAGGAAUGAAAUUAUCUGUAAAUAAGAUUGAUUCAAACAGCAAACUAAAUCUAUGACUCAACAUACUUAAAACCCUUCAUGCAUAGUGCAUCUAAGUAGUUAACAUAAUGUUGAAGCGAUAUUUUUAUCUACAAAGUACACAUUUCUGUAAUUAUCAAUAUCUUUGAUCCAUUAAUUUGUUCCUUCGAUGGAGUCUUCGUGGAACAUCUUCCUCUUUCUUUAGGGCUUUGCUCUCCGACCGACUAUAAAACGGAAAGUGAUAAUUGGUUAAUAUAGUAUAUAAAUAUCCAAUGAAGAAACAUUAAUGUUCAAUUAAGACAAUGAUUUAGUAAUAUUAGUGUAGGACGAAAGAGAUCUUCAAAAAGUGAAUCUGGUAUCCUUUAUUUUGAAAUAUUUUUUUAAUGAAGGUAUUUUUAGUCUUCUCAUGUUUCUGAUAAUGCUCAUAUAUGCUUGGAAAUGCACAACUUUUCAGAUUAUUCUGUGUGAAGCUCUUUCUAGAGGUGGAGUUGCAGAAGCAUGUUCUGUAGUGGGUCGCUUGUCUUUAGAGAUUAUUUAUCUUCAUCUUGAAAUGGCUGCUUCGCAAUGUAUGAAUAUUCUACAAACAGGCCUCAUCAUACAUGCUAGAGCCCUUCUUGUUGCUUGUAAGGUUGAACCAAUGCCUGUAUUAAGCACAUAUGAUCCGCUUUUAUCAUAUGGAGCUAUUUUACCUUCGCCAAACCUGAAACUUCGCUGUCUGAGAUCUGUUCUUCCUGUACUCUGUGAGUGGGUUGGGUCUGUAUUUGCACAUACAUUAGGGACCACAGCUGUUGGCGCUUCUCCAAUCCUUGGUGGAUUACUCUUGUUACAACAUACAUCAAUCAUCAACCAAGGAGCUCGAGAUAAGAUAACCAGUUUAGCAAAUGGGCAUACGGUCUCGUUACGUGAAGGGUUUAGGUCCAUUACCUAAAUUAUCUAUAGUGGGUGGUUCUAGAGCCACAAAUAUCAGUUCAAAACAUCAUUAUGAUUAUGAAAAAUUUGUAACUAUGCAGAAAACAAUCGAUGAACAAAAUCUGACUAUACGUGAGCAACAUCAAAAAUUUGAAGCAUUAUUGCACCAACUUCAACAGGUCAAUUCCUGGCUUCUCAUUUCAGCCUCCACCAACAUGCUCUUCAAUUCGACCUCCUCCACCACCUCCCUCGCCUCCAUUAUCGGCUAUGUAGGUUUUUAUUUUGCAACAUUAUGUAAUGCGCAUUUUACUACUCAUGUUCUUUUGGAUAAUAUUUGACUAGUUGUGUUCAUGUUUUAAAAAUAUUUGAUUAAUUAAUAGUAAAUUGCACUUUUAUGA